AUGCCCUUCCGCAUCCUCAACAAGGGCCCCGAGUACUUCCGACGGGCGGCGGAGCUGGGCGCCCGCAAGCCCAGCGCCGUCGAGAGGCUGGAGGCCGACAAGGCCAAGUACGUCAAGAGCCAGCGGGUCGCCAGCACCCGGCAGGAGCCGGUGAGGCCGCCGCUGCCGCAGCCGCCGCUCGCCCCGGCCGUGCGCCGCGCCGCGCUCGUCCCCGGACGCAGGGUGCCCGUGGGCCCGCGGCGCCUGGAGCCUGGUGCCCCCAAGCCCUCGCUGGACCUGGAGAUCCUCAACAACCUCAUCAACGUGUGCGACGGGCCCUUCCCACCGGUGGAGAGCCUGCGGGGCGCCGGCAGCGUNNNNGUGCGCCGCGUGGACGUGCGGCCCUGCGGGGCGCUGCAGGCAGCGGUGCCCAUGUCGCCCGUCCCCGUCCCCUCGCCGCGCUCGCCUGUGCGCAGCCCAUGCGCCGAGGGCGCCCGCCGGCAGCCCCUGCUGCACCGCUCCAAGUCGGACCUGAGCGACCGCUACUCGCGCGCCACCGCCGACCUCGAGCGCUUCUUCAACUACUGCGGGCUGGACCCCGAGGAGCUGCAGGGCCUGGGUGCCGAGCGCUUCGCCCGCGCCGCCUCCGACAUCGUGUCCGUGAAGCCGCCCAGCGGCAGCACGGCCAGCUCGGAGGGCGGCCGCUCGCCCUGCAGCGCCGCCAGCCCCGCGGGCCGCCCGCCCGAGCGCAUGCCCUACGGCAUCUCCGUCGUGGAGCGCAACGCSCGCGUCAUCAAGUGGCUCUACGGGCUGCGCCAGGCCCGCGAGACCCAGAAGGUCUCCAAUGUCUAG